UGAGUUAAUAAUUAAUGCAGCAAUGGAGAAAUCAGUCCAGACGUUUGUAGAUGAAGCAUCACCAAACUCUUCUACCAACAACAAUAACAAUGGCGGUUGGAUUUCAUUUCCCUUCAUCAUAGGGAGUAUGGCCGGAUUAUCAUUGGCAGCAGCAGGAUGGAAUAACAAUUUAAUAGUGUAUUUGAUAGAAGAAUUCAACAUGAAUAGUGUGAGUGCUGCUAAAGUGUACAACAUGGCUAAUGGGUGCAGCACUAUUUUUCCUGUUUUGGGGGCUGUGCUAGCGGAUUCUUUUCUCGGAUGUUUCUCUGUCAUAUGGAUUUCUUCUUUCAUAUCUUUGCUGGGAGUGUUGCUUCUCACCUUCACAGCAGUGAUGGACACAUUGAGACCUCCAAAAUGCUUUGAUGGUUCAAAUGAGUGCGGAAACGCAUCAACAUUCCAUCUUACAAUCUUAUAUGCAGCUUUAGCUCUAGCAUAUUUGGGAAACGGAGGAACACGUUUCACCAUUGGAUCAAUGGGAGCGAAUCAAUUUCAUAAGCCAAAUCACCAAGCGAUUUUCUUCAAUUGGUAUACUUUUGCGCUCUACACAUCUAAUGUCAUUGGUAGCACAGUCCUUUUGUAUAUCGAGGACAAUGUGAGUUGGGUAAUUGGGUUCGCCAUCUGUGUCGCCUUCAACAUCUUUGGCUUGGCUAUUUUCUUGUCUGGACGACGUUUCUAUCGCCAUAUUGAGGCACAACAAGAAAGCCCUUUCAUGAGUUUGGCUCGAGUUGCCGUUGCUGCUAUUAGGAAACAUGGAGAACCAUUGUCAUUAGGAGGUGAAGAUUAUUAUAAUGGCAUGACAAAACAGGACAGUUCAACAAGUGCUCAUGACCCUACAAAUCCUAGCAAAUUCUUCAGGUUCCUGAACAGAGCAGCUUUGAUCACGGAAGGAGAUAAGAAACCGGACAGAGUCACUGCUGAGCCAUGGAAACUAUGUACAGUACAACAAGUAGAAGAUUUGAAAAUCCUGAUAAAGCUUUUUCCAAUAUGGACUACUGGUUUGCUUCUCUGCACCCCACUAGUCAUACAAACCAGUUUAGCAAUCCUCCAGGCCCUGAAAAUGGACAGGCACUUAGGAUCGAAUUUCAAAAUCCCAGCUGGUUCUGUUAUAGUCUUCACGCUGAUCUCCACGUGCAUAACAAUAACACUCAUGGACCGAGUUGUAUCCCCCUUGUUGACUAAGCACAUGCGUAUUUCUCUGACACCUCUCCAACGGGUUGGGAUAGGACACGUGCUGACAGUCGUCAGCAUGUUCCUAUCCGCCCUGGUAGAGUCAAAGAGGAUAAAAUUGGAGCACCAAAAUAGUGUUGUGGUGCCAAUGUCAGUCUUCUGGCUGGCACCACAACUAGCUAUUUCAGGCAUUGGGCUAGCUUUUCAUUCUCCAGGAUACGUUGGAUUUUACUAUCAAGAAUUUCCAGGGUCGUUGAAAAGCACGUCUACCGCGGUUGUGGCCGUUUUUAUGGGAGUGGCAUUUUAUCUAGGGAAUGGGGUGAUGGAUUUGGUUCAAAGAGUGACAGGAUGGUUGCCUGAGAACAUAAAUAAUGGUAGGUUGGAUAAUGUUUUCUGGGUGAUUAGUGUUUUAGGAGCUUUUAACUUUGUGUAUUAUGUUAUAUGUGCUUCAUUGUACGAGUAUAAAAAUGUUGACAACGAAGUGAGUGAUUCUAUCGACAAAAUUGAUGGAAAUUAGUCCAAAUGAGAUACUCCUGGAUUCAUUACGUAAACAUUGAACAAGCAAUGAAUCUCAAU